AGUCCUUCCUCCUUGCCAACGUUGGACGCCAAUGAUGAUCGAACCGGGAUCAGUUAGGGAAACAUGGGAAUUGCGACUCGAUUCACAUCCCCAUCUCCCCACGCUCUUUCCCUCCAAGAACAGACGAUUGAACAGGAAGGAAGAUCACGAAAAGAUAGACACACCAAAAUCUGUGCGCGAAUCUCGCCAUCAUCCCCACAUAUAAUUACCCACGCACGACCCCUCUUCACCUCUCAAGUCCUCCUUCGACAAUCCUUCUGUCUCUCUUCACUCUGCCCCUGUUCUUGCUUCCUCCACAGAGCAUUCAUCAAUGGCGGUCGUCACCUCCGAAUCUCAUCUCCUCCUCCUCGUCCUCUGCAUCCUCUCGAUAGGCAAUGCUGUUGUAUCAGCGACGGUCUUCACCCUCCAGAACCAAUGCAGCUAUACCGUGUGGCCCGGCACUCUCUCUGGCAACGGUGCCGCCCUUGGCGACGGCGGCUUCGCCCUGGCCCCGGGCGGCUCCGUCCAGCUCACGGCCCCGGCGGGCUGGUCCGGUCGCUUCUGGGGCCGCACUGGCUGCAGCUUCGACGGGUCCGGUGUCGGGACCUGCGUCACGGGCGACUGCCCCGGCGGGCUCAAGUGCACCGGCGGAGGAGCCCCGCCGGCGACCCUGGUGGAGUUCACCGUCGCCGCCCCGAACGCUGGCGGCAUGGACUUCUACGACGUGAGCCUUGUGGACGGCUACAACUUGGGGAUGGGGGUGCGGGCGACCGGCGGCACCGGCGACUGCCAGUACGCGGGCUGCCUGGUGGACAUCAACGCCGACUGCCCGGCGGAGCUGAGGGUCGCCGACGAGUCGGGGCGGGUGGUGGCGUGCAAGAGCGCGUGCGAGGCGUUCAGGACGCCGGAGUACUGCUGCACCGGCGACCACGGGACGCCGCAGACGUGCGGGCCGUCGCGGUACUCGCAGAUGUUCAAGAGGGCCUGCCCGACAGCAUACAGCUACGCGUACGACGACGCCACGAGCACGUGCACGUGUACCGGGUCGGACUAUUUGAUCACUUUUUGCCCGAGCCAGUCUCUUAUUUCCUAGAUGCGAACAAUAUGUUAUUUUAUUUUGUUAUUACUUUAAGUGGUCUUCACGCAGAAACAUUGCGUUGAUGUUCGUA